UUGACAGAGGUUGGACAGACGCCGCGGCCUCGAAGUCAAGAACAGUGGUAGCAGACAGCUGUCAGUCGGGUGGCAGCCCGGCUCACCUGGCAACCUGGCAGCUGGCAAGGACCUUGCCAAGUGCGAACCUCCACAACCGCCCGGUGCACGGCGACGACGAGAUGCAAUCCAUGUCGCGCGCCUGCGUUUCCUGAUUCUCAACACCAAUUCGCUCGUUCGUGACAAUUGGUUUGGUGGAUUGUGAUUGCACGGCCUCAUUUACUUACGCCCCUUAUUUUGUGACCGCAGUUGCAUCACACGGACCUGCCAGCUAGCUCUUCAACACCACCGGACCUCGUUGAAAAAUUCUUCCAUUCACAUAAUCGUUCAUCAGUGGCACAAAAUCUCGGCUCACAAAAAGGCCAACCACAUAAUUUCACAUCACACGAGGCUUCUCAACCCUUGAAAGAAAUUCAGGCAAAGAAAAAUGUUUGAGAUACCCGACGCAAAGCGAGUACGAAGAGAUGAGCUCUUCGGCUCAGGGGCCUCCGAUCGUGGCUCCAGUCCGGACACAGCGGACGAAGCGGAAACGGAAGCCAAGGCUCAGCUCCUCAACGCCAAACUCUCCAGUCUGCUUUCAUUGAAGUUUGAGUUUGACGACGGUGCGGCGGAUGACGAUGAGGCCACUGCUGCUGCUAAGGAGCCCACAAAAGCUCCGUCCAAGCAACCUGAAGUGACCAAGAAGGAGGAGAAGACCCAGAAGAAGAAGAAGGAGACAAAGCAAACAAGUCAAGGCGACGACGACUCCUCGACCUCGUCCUCGGAUGAUGAUGACAGUGACGAAGAGGACACACAAAUGCAAGACCAGCCACCACAAGAAGAAGAGGAAGAAGCCGCCGAAUUCGAGUUCCGGCUCUUCUCCACAUCAGCUCCUCAAAAGAUCGUCCUCCCUUCCAAAGAAGAAGAGGAAGGCGCAGGCGAAACGGUCAUCGCAGACCGGCCUAUAUCUUACUACAUACGCGGCGAGCUCACGUCCGAGCAGCAAGAGCAGUUCCGGGCCGCGGCCGUGACCAGCCAAGACAUCCUGAACUGGGCCAAGCAGCGGGCAUGGGGACUUGAGGUGCCGUGGAGGGUGAAGAAGAUUGUUGUGACAGUGAAAGGGAAGAAGGGGGAAGCGGCAGCGGCAGCAACCCACCAGCAUGGCCAGCCGGUGGUCACGGGGACCGAAGUCCAACAACAACAAGAGGGUGGGGGUGAACAGCAGAAAAAGAAGAAGAAGCGACUGGGAAAGAAGGGGAGGAUUGCCAUGAGGAUCAAGGAAAAGGCGAGGAAGGAGAAGGAGGAGGCGGAGCAGAAGCAAAAGAUGACCAAGGAGGAACACCUGAAGGAGAAGAAGAAGCGGUUGAAUAGGGAGAAGAAGCUGAAGAGGAGACUGAAGGAGAAGGAGAAGAAGAUGGCGGGCAAGGCGGGAAGUUCGGUUGGUGAUGCUAUGUCUGCGGUGGGGCAGGAUUCGGAUUCGGAGUAGGAGGAGGUGGAUAAGAUGGUUGAGUGAGCGAUUCGUGGCCAAGUGGCGAUGAGUUUGUAAUUGUUGUUUGUGAUGACGGGAUACUGGGGUGGUUAAGGGGGUUGCGGGCCAUAGUUACGAGGCGGAUAGGUCACUACUUUUGUACAAAGUUCUGAGGUGAUGACGGCCUUUUGUAAACAAACCCCUGAAGCUCUAUGGCAAUUCUCUCGUCAUGGUACUGCACCGGUUCGUCAGAGGAAUUUGGGUCAACUUUGUCGCAAUGAAUGUACAAACCCAAAACGUCAGGUUUGCCUCCUCUUGAGCAAAGCACGUCAUGAAGAUAAUUCAUGACGGUUUUGGGCAUGUUCCAUGAGCUCCAUCCAGAUGUUGCUAGACAACGAAGGGCAAAAGCACUGAUAUUCCUC